AGAACCAAUCAUCGGUGAUAACCGCUAAUUUCAACAUGCAGUGUUGGAUUUAUUUAAUGUCCAGCCUCUGAUGCCACUACUUGAUGGUAGCUUAGCCUGGCUACUUUUGACUGGAAGAGCCAUCUAUGACACUAUACCAGCGUUGCAAGUAAGUGCAGAAGGUAUUAGAUGCUCCUCGCGAAAAUAUUAAGGAAAACAAGAAGAGAUCCAGAGAUACUCUUUCAUGUGGCAUUUGGAGUAGGCAUGGGACGUUUGAUAAGAGCAUCAUUAAGCAGGCGAUCUUCAUCGAUCAUCGGAUUCAGUGGGCCACAAUUUAUCCCAGGAAAAGGAAAAUGGGAUUUUCGUUGGCACAAAGUACCAUAUCGUCAUAAUCUACAAAAAAAAGGAAUAGAAAGUUUUGACACGAAGUACCAUGUCAUAAUCUCAUCUCAGAUCUCAACUGACCCUCUUUUGCUUUCUGAUAUGAAGUGCACUUCUUGAUAUCCUUCCUACCACGUUUAAAAGAUUCUGCUGUUGAAAUUUUCAGUCCUUCCAAAACAAGACAGGACUCUAGAGGAGGAAACAGUUGACCUUGAGAAUAUAUAAAGGCCCUCAUGAGUCAUGUGCACAGGUCAAACCUGAAUAAGCCCCUGUGGUUGAUCUGAACUGAACUACUCAAGCGGCCGUGCACAGGUACGUGCAUCAUCAUGCUACAUAUAUUUUCUGUUAAUCCAAGGGAUGCACGAGCUCGCGACGCGUUGCGUGUAGCUCGAACCACUUGCAUUGCAUCCAAGGCGAGCAGCGAUACUCGACGCCGGUGCUUCCUUCUUCAUCUAUCUCUAGGGCCAAGUUGUGCAUUUCUUUAACCGGGGAAACAUAUACUAGAUUAAGUGUCACUACUGCCUAGCUACUACUGGCUGAUUUGUUUUAUGGUGCAAAUGGCCUAUAAAUACUGCUGCGGUUUGAUGCGUUUCUUCUUCAUCAGCUUCUUCUUCUUCUUCUUUUUCUUCUUCUUUUUCUUCUUCUUCAUCAUCUUCAGAGUUUCAGAGACCGAUCAAUUGGGUUCAGAGCAAUGAUGAAGAGGUUUGCUUUCGAGGAGAAGGAGAUGGCACGCGUGCUUCUGCUUGUGUCGCAGGAGCAGGCGAUGCCCAUGCCGAUGCCGAUGGCGGUGCGCGGUGACCGUGCCCCAGAGCGGGUGUUCGUGUGCAAGACGUGCGACCGCGUGUUCCCGUCUUUCCAGGCGCUGGGCGGGCACCGGGCCAGCCACAAGAAGCCGCGGCUGGACGACGGCGGCGACCUCAAGCCCAAGCUCCACGGAUGCUCCGUCUGCGGUCUUGAGUUCGCCAUCGGCCAGGCGCUCGGUGGCCACAUGCGGCGUCACCGCGCCAUGGUUGCAGGCGGAGGCAGCGGCGUCAUGGCCAUGACGCCGCGGACAGCAGCGAUCAAGAAACACAACGACAGCAGCGACAAUGCCGUUGUCGGUAUGAAACGCGGGCUGUGGCUCGACCUGAACCACCCACCUUGCGACGAGUAUGGCGCCAGCUGCGAGGGCGACGACGAGUGCGGCCACGACGCAGCCGCCGCCGGGUACACGUUCCACCAGUUCCUGGAUAUCGGCACCAUGGCGGUGGACUGCGUCUAGCUACCCCAUCUCCCCCUAUUGCUGGGAUUUUGCAGAAUAGUACAAUUUUUUUUUCUUUGUGCUCUUUGGCAGUAACUUCUUUUUUUAAACCCUUUUUCUUCUUCUUUUUCCUUUUUAUGCAUGGAGAGAUCCAUAUUUUGUAGUAGUAGAUGAGUGCCUGGAAGACAUACCAUGGUACAUAAGUCAUCUCUUUGAGAUGAUUAAUUUAGUGCUUAAUUUGGUGGCUUCGGAGGCUUACCAGAGCUUACCUCAGGUUUUCCGGUUAUAAUUUGUCCGGUUAUUGUUGACCAAAAAAAAAAACCUUUGGUCCAUUUUUUUUCCCGCCAAAAAAAUGGCUCAACAUGUAAUUAUCCAAUUGCAGUAAAGUAUAUAUAGAGCUUAUGAUUUA